AUGGCGGCGCCCGGCCCUGAGGAGGAGCCCGACGAGGAGCUGCUGGUGCUCGACACGGAGCCGCCGCCGGUGGCCGUGUGCGUGAAGGCCACGCCGGGAGGCGCCGUGCGGGUGAGCCUCGGCAGCGACGACGACGGCGGCAUCGCGCCCGCCUCCGACUCCGAAGACGGCGACGAGGAAGAGGAGCCCCUGCUCGGCCCCGCCGCGCCCCCCGGACGGAGCCGCAAGAAGCGCGGGAGGCGGCGCCUGCCAGGAAAUGUUGGAAGUACUGCAGAGAUGAAUUUAUUUUUGGAUGAUCCUGAAUUUGCAGAAAUUGUGCAGCGAGCUGAGCAAGCCAUAGAAUGUGGAGUCUUUCCAGACAGAAUAUCCCAGGGAUCAAGCGGGAGCUACUUUGUUAAAGACGCAAAGCGGAAAACCAUUGGGGUGUUUAAACCAAAAUCUGAAGAGCCUUACGGUCACCUAAACCCAAAAUGGACCAAAUACUUCCACAAGAUUUGUUGCCCUUGCUGUUUUGGCCGAGGCUGCCUUGUUCCUAAUCAGGGAUACCUCUCUGAAGCUGGUGCCUAUCUCGUGGACAGCAAACUGGGAUUAGGAGUGGUCCCUAAAACCAAGGUUGUGUGGAUUGUCAGCGAGACCUUUAACUAUAGUGCAAUAGAUCGCGCAAAAUCAAGAGGCAAGAAGUAUGCUUUAGAAAAAGUGCCAAAGGUGGGGAAAAAAUUCCAUCGGAUAGGACUACCUCCAAAGGUUGGCUCCUUUCAGUUGUUUGUUGAAGGCUACAAAGAGGCCGACUUCUGGCUCAGGAAAUUUGAAACGGAGCCUUUGCCUGAAAAUACCAGGAAGCAGUUUCAGUCGCAGUUUGAAAGAUUGGUUGUGCUUGAUUAUGUCAUCAGGAACACCGACAGAGGCAAUGACAAUUGGCUAGUCCGGUACGAAAAGCAGAGUGACGGGGCCGACUGUUCAGAUAAGGAUAUCCAGUGGAUUAACGAAAAGGAGCCUGUUAUUCAAAUUGCCGCAAUUGACAAUGGUUUAGCUUUUCCCUUCAAGCAUCCUGAUGAAUGGAGAGCGUAUCCGUUCCACUGGGCUUGGCUACCACAAGCAAAGGUCCCUUUUUCUCAAGAGACGAUAGAUUUGGUUCUUCCUCGUAUCUCUGACAUGAACUUUGUACAGGAUCUUUGUGAAGAUCUUUAUGAACUGUUCAAGACCGAUAAAGGCUUUGACAAGGCUACCUUUGAAAAUCAAAUGUCUGUCAUGAGAGGGCAGAUACUUAAUCUUACUCAGGCACUAAAGGAUGGGAAAAGUUCCCUGCAGCUGGUGCAGAUGCCUCGUGUGGUUGUGGAGAGAAGCCAUGGUGGGACGCAAGGACGGAUUGUUCAUCUGAGCAACGCCUUCACUCAGACGUUUCACAGCCGGAAGCCUUUUUUUUCUUCCUGGUAGGAGCCGGACAAAAGGCUUUUGUUUUAGCAAAACUCUGCUGUGUGAAGGUUUCACACGGACGGAAUUCUGCUGGACACAGAGCGCUGGACUGCCAAAACCUCAGAACCUUUUGAGAGUUGCAUUUUGAAUGUAAUAAGUUUACAGUUUGUUUAAAAUUGCGAAAUUCUGCAUCAGGGAAAAAAUGAGGAACUUGUCCGAUGCUAUAUUUUUGUAGGCGGAGUUGAUGUUUUCCGUACUUAAUAUUAAAAGGUGGAGAAGAAGUUUACAAUGCCAAAGACUACUUUUGACUACAAUGUUAAGAAACCGUUCCGUUGGAAACGUCAGAAAUCAAUAGCCUAAUUAUCUUUGUUCAAAACGGAGCAGAGCCUUUUCAUUCCUUGUCUGUAAGAGUCCUGCCCUACAUUCUUCCUUAAUGAUACCAGAUUUCUCCGUUAGUUCUUAGAGCUCCAUAUAGUCAGACGUCGGAGAGUUGUCUCUCAGUGGGUCCAGUAUCACUGCUUGCACAUUUGGAAACAAAGGGCAUGAAGGUAAUGAAAUAAAUCCCACAGAAAUACAGGAGGGGAGAUUUAUGUUAUGUUUUUACUGAAUUCACAGACCUCUGCAGUGUAGCUCCCAGGUGUGCCCAAGUGGCAUUUCCCUGCUUGCGUUGAGAAACGGAGGCGAGCCUUUUAAUCACACACGUGUCCUGCCUGACCACACUCAAUGCACUGAGCAUAUUGUGUGACUGGAGCCCGCACAUUCAGAUACGUGCCUCAACUUAGUGAUAAGAUUAUCAGUGGGACCUGCGGGCAUAUUCGUGUGGGACAUCGAUGUGAAUAUGAAUUGGAGACUUGUCCCUGCAUCCUACCGUCUGUAGAUAGAAUUGGGCGGGUGGGGGGAGGCGGGGUUAAGAACCUGCUGUAAGCUCAGUUCCAGGUAUUUUCCUUGCAGUUGAGCCAACCUAAUGCUUAAAGGUACCACUAGGGGAAGAGAAGAUAAAAGCACAAUAAUGCCUUUUGUUUUUCUUGCUGCAGACCAAGUUAUUCAGGUGGGGUUUUUUUCAUGCUUAAAGGCUGCACGUUAAAGCUGGUCUCCAUUUAGAGCUGUAUGCCUUUGCGCUACAGUACUUUUUGGUCCUGAGAUUUUGGGCGUUUUCGCACUGACCUUACUCCGGAGCGACGUCCCUCUUCACCGCGCAGCGUCUGCACGGAUUUCGCACCAACUGCUCCACAGAACCCGGAAGAGCUGCAAAGUCCCGCGGCUUUUGCGUCGCAAAUGUAAACUGUUUUUUGGCGGUUUACAUUUGCGACGCAAAAGCCACGGGACUUUGUGGCUCUUCCGGAUUCUGCGGAGCAGUUGGUGCGAAAUCCGCGCAGACGCUGCGCGGUGAAGAGGGACGUCGCUCCGGAGUGAGGUCAGUGCGAAAACGCCCUUUGUGAGUUGUUGUUUAUGACUGGUAUAUUGAAUUUUUCUCCAUUUGGGACAAGAUGUCAACUCUGUUUCUUUGCAUUGUUUUAUAGCUCCCCCCCCCCCUUUCCUUUUUUAAUGACGGUCAAUGCCCGUUCUUUAGCUGAACACCAAAGCUGAACCGUAUCCGCUGCCAGUCUGCGAGAGCCCUUGCCCUGGAUUGGCACAUCCCUCUCUCCUAACUGCUGCCGGAUCUCACCAGAAAGGUUUGCAGAUUGGCUCGCUUUCUGGGUUCCCAUCCAUUUCUCAUCACAAAAGCCCUCAGCCGUCUGGGGCCUCUGCUGCUGAAUAUAACUCGAUUCUGAAAUGUCAGUUCCGGAGCUAAUAAUUUAGGCACCUUCGUUAGUUGUACUUUUUUUAAAAAAAAAAAUUCAGUGUUAUACUUGAAUGUCAGGGCCUAAGUGGUGCCUGCAGCGAAGAUGAAAGUUCUCUGUUAAGUGUUUCUAGCAAUGUUGUAUCUUCCGCUGCUGAGCAAUACUUCCGAACUACUCAAAGCGGUCACUUCCUGGUUUCAUGUGAUUUGGGAGAUGGUAAACUAAUUAACGCAGCAUGUCGGGACGAUAUACUUGAUAUACUGGAAUGUCGAAGCCUUAAAAAUAUCAAAUUCAUUGUACUGUGGCUUGAGAAAACAGAGUUGUCAACUUUAUACAUUUACUGUGGUUUCUGUUUUUAUCAGUGCUCUUUAAUUUUUUUUUUUUUUUUUUUUUGAAGAAGAAGGUAUUCUCACACUCUGCUCACACAAUAAACGUCCUGGUCUGUGAUGUAAGUUUUUUUAGUUCCAAGUGUCUUACUGAUUUGCUGCUUCUCUUCUUUCCCCUGAGGUUUUCCUCAGAAAUGGAUUUUAUGCCAACAAGUUAAUGAUAUACAUCUAUUAAAAUGUGUCAUUUGAAGAAG